AUGGGUCGUAGUUGGUACGAUCCGCGCAAUGAACUCACACGAAGUAUCGCGAGGCCUAUCUUCUGCCACAACGAGAAAUCCAGGCAGAGCUUGCUGGCAUCUCCUCGUGUUCUGCAGCAAGAAAUUGACCUCAGCGUGGUGAAACGAUGGCUGAAGCGCUGCUCCUCAAACCAUGGUGUUGCUUGCCGAAGUACCGGAAAUCCUGUGGACGGACUUAAAGUUAUCAAUUGCCGGAACCUAACUGUUGAAAAAGCGCGGCCAUCUAUACCGUAUGCCGCCCUUAGCUAUGUUUGGGGUGGAGUUGAGUCUGCUCAAGUCUGUACGCCGUCCGAUGAUGCAGUACCUCUCCCCGAAGAUCUACCCAAGACCAUUCGGGAUGCCAUCACAGUCUGCAACGGAGUCCACACACCGUACCUCUGGGUGGAUUCAUUGUGUAUUGAUCAAGGGAAUUCAAAGGAAAUUACCGACCAAAUAAACCAGAUGAGCUCCAUCUACAAGGGAGCUAGGUUUACCAUAGUCGCUGCCACCGGGAAAGACUCGAAUGCAGGCCUUCCAGGGGUGAAUGAUUCUAAGAGGUCCACUCAACCAGUCGCAAAUGUUGGAAAGUUACAGCUUAUAUCGACGAUGCGCCCUCCAAUCUAUGCAAUUCCAGAAUCGAUCUGGGCGUCGCGAGGGUGGACUCUUCAAGAAGCUGUGCUGUCUCAUCGUCGACUCGUAUUCACGGACGAUCAGCUAUAUUUUGAGUGC